AUUAUAUAUGAAUCAGGAAAAUCUAUCAUCAUCUUUAAUCUAGAAAUAGAUAAUGAAUGAUAAAAAGGAAGUGAUGUCAUAAUUAAGCAAGUUACAAGAUGGUUUAAAUAAGAUGAAAACGAUAUAUUAAGGACCAAUUAAAGGAAAUGAGGAGCAAUCGAAAUUUAUUUCUGAAAAUAAAAAAUUUUUAGAAGAAAAAGUGGAGCCCAAAAUUUAGAUAUUGACAAAAUAAUUGCAACUUUAUGAAACGAAAGUAAAUCAAAUUGUGGACUUUCAACUUUAAUAGGCAGAUAUAAAAUAUUGUAUCAAGUGAUUAUUAACCAUUAGAUUACCAAGAAUUUGAUACAAAAAUGCAAGAGUUCUAUGACUUUUAUAAAAUCAUUUGGGCUUAAGUGUUCUACUUUGUUGAAAGAAGAAGAGUUUUAUUGAACUAAGAUCCUGAGAAAAAACAAUAGUUGGUUUAAAAAUUAUUGUAAUGAAAGCAAUCACAAAAUAUCAUUUUAUUG